AUGUUGUUUUUAGAGAGGCGCAGAAGGCAGGAGAGUGUCUGUGAGAGUCAAUCUAACAACUGCAUUUCAAAGCACCCGCAUUGACUCCAGGAUGGGUGAAGACUCCUCUCACGCUGAGCGAAGCACCGCUUCUGUACCCAUAGAGGAGAGUAGCCCAACGCCUCCGCCUGUGGAUGCUCAGGAUAUUCAGGAUCUCCUCGUUCCUAGCUUCAGCCCUGGCCCUGCGCCCUCUUCCCCCGUCCAAACCCUCACCCGCCUUGGCUCCAAGUCCCCAACCAGCCCCACAGCCUCGGGCAGCCAGGUCAGUGCCAUCACGGUGGUGGCACUGCUGGACAAGCUGGCGGCGAUGAUCGAGACGGUGCAAGACAACCAGCAGAGGAUGGAGAAAAAGCAGGUUGAGCUGGAGGGGGCGGUGCGGGUGGUGCAGGGCGACGUGACCCGCCUCACCAAGGGCCACAUAUCCACUGCCAACAGUGUGGCCAAGCUGCUGGAGCGCUCACGCAAGACCGGCAACAACGUGAAGGAGGUGAAGGAGCGCCUGGACAAGCAGAGCAGCCAGGUGAAACGUCUAGAGGCCAACCACACCCAUCUGCUCAAGAGGAACCACUUCAAAGUGCUAAUCUUCCAGGAGGACAAUGAAAUCCCCGCCACUCUGCUCACUAAAGAUGGCCUGGCCUCCACCUCUCAGGAUGAAAUUGGUCCAUCCGCGCCAACUCCACUCACUGAUAUAAACUCUGAAUAUGAGGGCCUGCAGACCAUUAGCCUCUCCUCCGAUGAUAAUGAGGAGGAAAAAGGAGCAACAAGUCCUAUGGCAGAGGGGGGCAGUGACUCCCUGGUAGAUCUGCAUGAAGAAAACUUCCCAGGCUUGGGAAGUGAACAUCUGGAGUCUUCUCGUGCUAACAAGUUCAAGCGCUCUAGUCUGAAGAAGGUGAAUAGUCUGAAGAAGGCCUUCUCGAAAAGCAGCAUUGAGAAGAAGAUCAACAAGAUCGUGCCCCAAGAACAGAUUGACAAGUUCAAGAAAAGCUUCAUCCCCCACCACCCGAAGAGCUCCACGUCCAAAAACUCAUCCUUCCAUGUCUCUCCAAUGACCUUCAAAGUCAAGAAGGUUCGAGAUGGAGACCCUGAAUCUUCCCAGCAGUCUGAGAGCACACCCAGGAGCCUCAGCGCAGUGGAGGUUCCCAAUAUUGGAGGACCUGAUGGUGAGCUGCCUGUGGCUGAGUUACACUCCCCAAAUGAGAAAACAAAUGGAGAAGAGCAUCACCUUCCCUUAACACCAGGCAGCGCAGAUGGAGAGGUGUUCAUUUCGCAUGAGGGCGGAGAUCUGGAAAAUGGUCCAUCUGUAGCCCUGGCUGAAGAGGAAGUGGAUAAAGAAGAUGAUGACACUGAUGAGAAUGAUGAAAAUGGGAAGGAGGAGGAGGAGAAAGAGUCAGGACCUGCUAAAGAAGCGCCUGCAUCUGUGCCGUCGACUGAAGCUGCUGUUGGGGUCCACACUUAAAUGUAGUUGUGUUUCUAGCCCUCUGACUUCAAUUUACUUUUGAGACUUUGAGAAGCAUAGUUACUCCCUUGUGCCACUGGUAUCUUGUCGCCAAGCUUGUUUAAUGCUAGCAUGUCUCCUUAAAUAACAUAUCACCCUGAAUUAACCCAAAAAUAUAAUGUAACCCAUCGUAUUAAAAUCAGAAAUUAAGCAUGUUCUUGUAGGAGGAAUUUCCAUUUAGAUUCCAUUCUAAAUAGAAUCUGUACAAAGGCCCAGAGAAUGGUACAGCAGUUCAGACCACUGUAACCACAAUGAUACACCGAAAUAGCUAUACUUUCCUGUGGGAGCCUGCGAAUACCAUGAAAUUGAACUGAAAUGCCUGAACUCUCACUCCUAUCUCUUUUUUUUUCGUCUUUGUGUAGGAGAGGCAAUGUGUGUGCCAAUCUGUACUUUGUUAUGCUGGAGUCCAGACUCUAUUCUGCCAAUGUACAUAAGAUUUAGUAUUACCUCGCUUACAAUAAAAUAAUAUGAGAGUAUUA